UCCUUGCCCGCACGUAUGCCACGCCGUACAAAUCUCCACGAUUUCGCGAGUGCGUGCAGGCACGACUUGGCCCGAAGAUUGAACGAUAUAUGUUCCUCCUCAAUCAUCACCGGCUGAUCUAACCACCACACUGAUUGAUCCAAUCCGACGUAGUGCACACUAUAAAUCCACUCGCCCCAUGCCAUCUUCUGACAGAACUCAGCCAAGAAGAGAGCACUACUACAAGGGAAAGCGAAGCGAAGGCAAUGGCUUCUGCUGCGUCCAAGUCCGCGGCCGUCUUGGUCCUCCUCGUCUCCCUUGCCGGCGUGGCCACCACCGUGGACGCCAGGUUCCGGGCCAUGCAGUGGACUCCCGCCCACGCCACGUUCUACGGCGACGAGGCUACGGCCGAGACGAUGGGCGGGGCGUGCGGGUACGACAUCACGGCGGGGUACGGCGCGGACACGGCGGCGCUGAGCUCGACGCUGUUCCUGGACGGCUACGGGUGCGGGACGUGCUACCAGAUCCGGUGCGUGAAAGCCACGGCUUGCUACAGGGGCUCGCCGGUGAUCACGGUGACCGCGACCAACCUGUGCCCGCCCAACUGGGCGCAGGACACCAACAACGGCGGCUGGUGCAACCCGCCGCGCACCCACUUCGACCUCGCCAUCCCGGCCUUCAAGAAGAUGGCCGACUGGCAUGCGGGCAUCGUCCCCGUCAUGUACCGAAGGGUGCCGUGCAUGCGCAAGGGCGGGAUCCGGUUCGCGUUCCAGGGGAACCCGCACUGGCUGCUGGUGUACGUCACCAACGUCGGCGGCGCCGGCGACGUCGGGGAGAUGUGGGUGAAGGGCGGUGGCAGCAUGGGGUGGCUGCGCAUGAGCCAUAACUGGGGCGCCUCGUACCAGGCGUUCGGGCAGCUCGGCGGCCAGGCGCUCAGCUUCAAGCUCACCUCCUACACCACCGGGCUGACCAUCGUCGCCGCCGACGCCGCGCCGGCGAGCUGGAGCAUCGGGCUCACGUACCAGGCUCGCGCCAACUUCAAAUAGGAGUCGAAGCGAAGGUCUGGGGCACAGCACACUUGGGUGAUUGCUGCCCUCUACCGUUUUUCGUUACUUCGUUCCUUACUUUCUCUAGGACACCGUCGCGCGUUGCCCCUGUCCAUGUGAACCACGGGGGGUUUGACGCACGCACUGAUAGUGAAAAACUCUGCAGCACGAUCAAAGCAAAAUGUUUGCAGGUUGUAUUGUGCCUAAAAACACCCUAGUUCAAUUAAGAAUUUUCCGUGCAAUCAGAGGUGGCUGGUGGACAGACUAAAGUUGCUACAACCCUAAUAACACCAAGCCACAAGAAUACUGAUUUGUAAAAAUAAACAAACAAAGAUCAAUUCUCCUGACAAGAAAUCGCUUACAGACAAUAAAACUUUGUUGAAGAUGCGUCCCCUUUUUAAAGUCCUACUGUAUUUAGGGUUCAACUGGG